AUGAAAACGUCUGAAAAUAAACUAUUUCUUGCUUUCUCUUCAGUGAACCGUUUCUGUGCAGCCUCUGGUAACCGGACAGGCUUCUUGUGCGAUGACAGAGUGACUUGUGUCCCAGCCAGCCAUGUCUGCAACAGAAUCCAGGACUGCAGGAAUGGAGAGGAUGAGCAGGAGAAGCUCUGUGAUGACCUGCCCAGUAGCCUUCCAGGAUACCUGGUUUUCCACUGCAGUAACCCUGCGUACUGGAUCUACAGUGAUCAGAGGUGUGAUGGGAUGAAUGACUGUGGGGACUGCUCUGAUGAGAUGGAGAGCUUGGCUGCCUGCCCUCCCUGUGGGUCUGAGUGGUGGAGCUGCACCCCAGUGCUCUACGAGUAUUGCACCUGCAUCCCAAAGAGGCUGUGCCGGGACAGCAUCCAGCACUGUGCAAGCUGGUCCGAUGAGUAUAUCUGCAAGCCAUGAAGCCUUGAUG